AUUUCAAAAUGGCUGUAGAGCCAAAUGGUGCUAAAAAGACCUCAUAUGGACAAUUUUGAAGUAUUUAUCAUGACUUUCCCACGUAUAUUUUUUUUAUUGGUUGCCAGAGGAACUGGUUAGUCAGAGGAAAACAUGAUUUUACAUUUUUGCAAAGACAUAUGCAAAUUAUUUUACAUGAACUAUGGAAUCUGAAUCAAACAUGGAGCUGCAUAUGUCAAGACAUGAAGACUGCUGACUGUAAUCAAUAUAAUUCCAUACAAUACGAGGAUUAAUAUAUAAAUAUGAAGAGCAUAAAUUAAUUUAAAACACAAUAAUCAGGAGACAAAAUCACCAAAGGAUGAGUUUUACAAGAUGGAAUUUCUGCAUGACAGGAAUGGGGAUUUUUACCUUUUUGUUUGACGUUGGAGUAGAUCUAUGGAUAGCGAUAAAAUAUUUUCAGCAAGAACUUCAUCUUUAUGGUUUAUUAACAAUUUUUUUCAUUAUUGUCGGUGCAAUAAUAGUUCAGGUGUUUAGCUACACAUGGUUUAAGGAUGUUGAGAAAGACAGCAGGAAAUUAACAUGGAUACUUGUUGUUCAUCUCUUCCUAUCAGGAAUAUUCGUUCGGUACUGGUAUGCAUUGAAGUAUGGAUAUCUGGCAACAUUAUCCAAACAGAAAACAAAUGAUUCUACAACUAAGAAGAAAAUAGCUGUGGAAGCCAUGACAGAUCUGAGCAUGCUACGUGUAUUUAAAACUUACCUAGAGAGCGUUCCCCAGCUAAUUCUUCAGAUUUACAUCCUGAUGGAGCAUGGCCGGAUAAGUAUUGUUCAAUAUGCCUCCAUUUUGGUGUCAGUAUCCAGUAUUUCAUGGUCUACUGUCGACUACCAGAUGUGCUUACGGAAAUCUCUGCCGGGAACAAAAGGAAUGAAUGUUGGGUUACCUGCCGUCACUUACGUACUGUACAAAUUUUUCACUCUGACCUCGUGGAUAGUGAGCAUCGUGUUUCUCCUCUCCUGCAAACCCUACCUGUUUGCUAUUCUUAUGACUGUGCUAUGGGUAGCAGGCUGGUGUUGGACAUUGAAGCAGAAAACGGACUUCUGCAGUUCCUCGGAGAUGGAAAUCCUGUAUAGAAUUAUAAUCGGAUUUAUACUUAUUUUUACCUUUUUCAAUGUAAAAGGACAAAAGACUAAAAUCCCAAUCUCGAUUUACUAUUUCGUCAGGGUGCUUACCGUCACAGGGAUUCUCAUAUUAUGCUUCUACUAUAAACCUAACUUAACGCGCACUUUACUUUUCACUAUUUUAAGCAUUGCUACUGUUCUUUCCUUGGGAUUAGGCAUAAUCUCGUUAAUCCUUUACUAUGUGUGUUUUCACCCAACCCUAUGUGCUAAGGAAAUCAUGGGAGAUAAAGUUGAUGGGGACUCAUCUGAGCAAGUUAGCAGAAUGAAACGUUUUAUAAUGCCUUAA